GCGUGCCUCACCAAAGAGGCGCCAGCGCACCGCACCGGGCAGAGGAGGCGGCUGAUGAGCAGACCAGACAAACAGCUCCUCUCCAAGAAAAUCCACGCAGCGUCUCAGAGCCGGAGAGACACCAUGAAGACGGGCGGCAGACCGAGGAGUAAAGAUUCACCUGCGGACGCCUGAGUGAGGAGGCAGGAUGGCGGGGGGUCGGAGGGGACUUGUGGCCCCUCAGAAUACUUUUUUGGAAAAUAUUGUCAGACGGUCGAACGAUACCAAUUUUGUCCUGGGAAACGCUCAGAUAGUGGACUGGCCCAUCGUCUACAGCAAUGAUGGUUUCUGCAAGUUGUCGGGCUACCACAGAGCUGAGGUGAUGCAGAAAAGCAGCACCUGCAGCUUCAUGUACGGGGAGCUCACGGACAAGGACACGACAGAAAAAGUGCGACUAACAUUCGAGAAUUAUGAAAUGAACUCGUUUGAAAUACUGAUGUACAAAAAGAACAGGACUCCUGUUUGGUUUUUUGUGAAGAUUGCUCCCAUUCGAAAUGAACAAGAAAAAGUGGUCCUGUUUCUUUGCACGUUCAGUGACAUCACGGCCUUUAAACAGCCCAUUGAAGACGAUUCUUCCAAAGGUUGGGGAAAGUUUGCCCGACUGACUCGAGCUCUAACAAGCAGCAGAGGAGUCUUACAGCAGCUGCAGCCUACAGUUCACAAAGGAGAGAAUGUCCACAAGCACUCCCGCUUAGCUGAGGUACUGCAGCUGGGCUCUGACAUCCUACCUCAGUACAAACAGGAGACCCCCAAAACCCCUCCUCACAUCAUCCUGCACUACUGCCUCUUCAAGACCACGUGGGACUGGGUCAUCCUCAUCCUCACCUUCUACACAGCCAUCAUGGUGCCCUACAACGUCUCCUUCAAAACGAAGCAGAACAACGUAACGUGGCUGGUGGUGGACAGCAUCGUGGACGUCAUCUUCCUGGUGGACAUAGUCUUAAACUUCCACACCACGUUCGUUGGACCCGCCGGCGAGGUCAUCUCCGACCCCAAGCUGAUUCGAAUGAACUACCUGAAGACUUGGUUUGUUAUCGACCUGCUGUCCUGCCUGCCGUACGACGUCAUCAACGCCUUUGAGAAUGUCGAUGAGGGGAUCAGCAGUCUUUUCAGCUCACUUAAGGUGGUCCGGCUUCUCCGACUGGGUCGGGUUGCCCGUAAACUGGAUCACUACAUCGAGUACGGGGCAGCUGUACUGGUCCUGCUGGUGUGUGUUUUUGGACUGGCUGCUCACUGGCUGGCCUGCAUUUGGUACAGCAUAGGGGAUUAUGAGGUUAUCGAUGAAGAAACCAACAUUGUGCGUAUGGACAGCUGGCUCUACAUCCUGGCUGAGACGGUGGGCACACCGUACCGCUUCAAUACCAGCGGCUCAGGAAAGUGGGAGGGCGGGCCGAACAAGCACUCUGUGUACAUCACUUCUUUGUACUUCACCAUGACGAGCCUGACAAGCAUAGGCUUUGGUAACAUCGCACCAACGACAGACGGAGAGAAAAUCUUUGCCGUGGCCAUGAUGAUGAUUGGAUCCCUUCUUUACGCCACCAUCUUUGGUAAUGUGACAACAAUCUUCCAGCAGAUGUACGCCAACACGAAUCGCUACCAUGAGAUGCUUAACAGUGUCAGGGACUUCCUCAAGCUCUACCAGGUGCCCAAGGGCUUGAGUGAAAGAGUUAUGGACUACAUUGCCUCCACCUGGUCCAUGUCAAGGGGUAUAGACACUGAAAAGGUGUUGCAGAUUUGUCCAAAGGACAUGAGAGCAGAUAUUUGUGUUCAUCUCAACCGCAAGGUCUUUAAAGAGCACCCGGCUUUCCGGCUAGCCAGCGAUGGGUGUCUCAGAGCACUGGCCAUGGAGUUUCAGACCAUCCACUGUGCCCCCGGUGACCUGAUCUACCACGCUGGCGAAAGCGUGGACAGUCUCUGUUUUGUGGUGUCGGGAUCACUAGAGGUCAUUCAGGAUGACGAGGUGGUGGCAAUUUUAGGUAAGGGAGAUGUAUUUGGGGAUGUUUUCUGGAAAGAAGUGACUCUCGCUCAAGCCUGUGCCAACGUCCGAGCUCUGACCUACUGUGACCUCCACGUCAUUAAACGCGACGCUCUGCAGAAGGUACUGGAGUUCUACACAGCGUUUUCCAACCACUUCUCAAGAAAUCUGCUGCUCACUUACAACCUGCGAAAGAGGAUCGUCUUCCGAAAGAUCAGUGAUGUGAAACGAGAGGAAGAGGAGCGACAGAGACGUAAAAAUGAAGCCCCUCUGAACUUGCCACCAGAUCACCCAGUACGGAAACUCUUCCAGCGCUUUCGACAGCAGAAGGAAGCCCGGUUUACGACCGACAAAUCAGAGCUAGAUGAACGCGAUAUUGAGAAGGGCCCUGUGUAUGUAGACGUCCCGAUAGCUAAUACAGCCAUUACAACUACCAGCAUCGUCACAGUAACAGAAAGCCCAGCAACACCCUCAUCUUCAACUCCUUCAUCUUCAACACCCCCCAGCUGUACACCCUCAGACAAGGUAAAGCUGCAGGUGCCAUCUAGCAUUUCUUUGGUAGGAGGCCGGUCCGCUGAGCCGCUCAAAGUCAAAGGCUGGGGUCGGUUCAAGGAGUCCAUGGCCAAACCUGACAACUGGAACAAAGUGUCUAAGGCCGAAUCCAUGGAGACUUUACCUGAACGGACCAAGGUGCAUGAAUCACAAAUGUCUCUAAAGAAAACAGACUCAUGUGACAGCGGUAUUACCAAAAGUGACCUGCGGCUAGACAAAGUGGGUGACUUCCGCAUGACGCCCCAGGACCGAAGUCCUGUCCAGCCUCCGGAGACCAGGCACGCCUUCUACCCCAUCCCAGAGCAAACGCUUCAAGCCUCGCUUCAGGAGCUCAAACUGGAGCUGAAGGACGACCUCAAGAACCUCAAUGCUCGAAUGUCUGGCCUGGAGGCGCAACUUACAGAAGCACUUCAACUCCUCAAAACAAGGAAAUCAAGUACUGGCUCUCCGCAGCCUCUUUUUGACAUUUCUAGACCUGCUUCACCAGAACUGGACAAAGAGGACAUCUUCUCUUGAGGCAUGGAAGAAUCAUGAGGAAACAAUUAACUCAGCUGGAAUCCAGUAAUAUCCAGAUUACUUGGAUAGCUGAGGCUGCACUGGGCACACCAUUUAGAUUAGGCAACAGUGUGGUCUUUAAGCCGCACCGGCCUUCAUCAUAGGGGUGUACCUGCUGGCCAACAAGGGAAGGCGAGUCGAAGCCCAGAUUUCGGUGUCGUAACACUGAACAAUUUGAGGUUACAUAAAAACUGACAGCUCUAUGUUUGUACAUAGACAAUAGUUGUAUCUCUGUUGGAAGGCUCCAAAAGAAACAGCAUGUCCCACUGGUUUGUUAUUGAAUCAUUUGUAUGAGAUUCUUUGCAUGUCACAUAAAAUAGACGUGUGCCUCAAAUUGCAGAUGGUGCAAGUGAUUUGCAUUUUUUCACCACGACAGUGAAAAAGGAUGGUCUUUGCAGAUGUUGAAACAGUCUCAGAGUAAUUUCCUCA